AUGAACGAUAAAACUUAUCUGGAAAGCGAUGCUUCUAACAUUGAUGAUGUCCCUGAAGAGGGAAACAUCAACAAGUCUUGAGUAGACUCUUCUAAAUUAAGGAUCAAGAAUUCUCUUGUUGAGAAUAAAGGAAGAGUCAGAGAUAAGCAAGUAUUUUGUGACGAGCUCAAGAGUCUUACUAAGAGAGGAGUCUUCGCUAAGAGGAUGAAAUUUAAGGCAGAGAAGCUGAAACCUCUGGAGAUAGUGAAGAUUAACGGUGCAACCCCUCAGUCUGCAAUGGUAGCUCCUAAUGAGCUUUGCAAAAAAUUAAACUUCUCUGAAGAUGAAGAACAGUUUGGUGGCUUACUUAAGAAUGAGAGUUGCAGAUUUUCAAGAGUGAAAUCAAGAAAAAUUCCUUCUCAUAAGAUGAUGGCUGUUGUUUUGUCGCAUAUAAAGGCAAAAGAAAAUAAUAAUUUAUCAUAA